CAUUAAUCUUUCAAAAUUGUUCAAAUGUGAAAUCCAUCGAUUUGGAAAAUACAAAGUUUACCCAGCCAGACCUUCACACAUUUUCUGACAUGGUGAGUGUGCAGUACAUCAACCUCAGCGCAAAUGGAAUCAAUUCACUGGACAUAGAUUUACGUAAAAAUAUGAACCUGGAACUGUUGAAUGUCUCAUCUAAUCUGAUAACCCAUCUGUCAUCAUUUAUGAUGUCACAAUUGGAUGACAUUACUCGGCAAAAUCAAUCUAGACUUGUUGUAGACCUGGAACACAAUCCUUUACUUUGUGGCUGUAGUCAACUUGAGUUCAUUAAGUGGAUGAAUACAACUAGAGUGCAUUUUCAUAACAAUAAAUCAUACAAUUGCCUGAGAAACUCUGAGUAUAUCCUCAUACAUUUAUUAUCUAUUGAAAAAACAACAUUAAUGUGUCAGAUGACGCUUAUCGUGUCAGUUGCGACUUCUUUAGGUGUUAUGAUCAUUCUGGGUAUCAUAUGCUGUAUAAUCUAUGUUAAACGACAUCGCCUUGAGUAUAUGUGGCUUAUGAGCCGACAGAUGGUAAGGAGACUCCUGCGAAGAAAGACACAAUGUGAUGACUACAGAGUAUUCAACUACCAUGCUUUCUUAUCCUACAGUAGCAGUGAUGAUAUAUCAGUCAUUGUUAAAAUACAGGAAAAAAUGGAGAAUGAAUUUGGACUUUGCUUAUCCAUUCAUGAUCGUGAAUUUAUUCCUGGUGAAUUUAUCGUCAGUAAUAUUGUACAUUUUAUUGAGGUGAGCCGCAAAGUGAUCAUUCUCAUGUCUAACAAUUAUUUAGAAAGCAGAUGGUGUAAUUUUGAGUUUGAACUCUCAAAAAAUAAACGUCUCGAUGCGACCUAUGAUACGAUGGUGAUGAUUUUGCUGCAUGAUUUAAAAGAUUUAAACAAGGAUAAAAUAUCUUCCAGUUUAAAGAGCUACCUUGGUCAGAAAACCUAUCUACAAUGGCCAAAAGAUUCCUCCCAAAACCCUGCUUUUUGGUUGAGAUUAAAAGAGGCUCUAGAUUUUGGUGAUGUGCAAAAUGGCAAUGGAGGCAUAAGUCGGAAUGGUGCCAAUGAAAAUAUGAUACAGGACAACACCAAUGAAGGCAUCAGGCAGGAUGGUGCCAGUGAAUGUGGAAGAUGGAAUGAUGUCCAAAAUGGCAAUGAAGGCGUAACUCUGGAUGGUGCCAAUGAAGAUGCGAUACAGGACAAUAUCAGAGAAGGCAUCAGGCAGAAUGGUACCAAUGAGUGUGCUAGAUGGGAUGAUCCCAAUGAGAGUGUUACCAAUGAUGGAGCCAAAUGGGAUGGUACUCAUGAAGCUAUCCAACAAGAUAGCACUAGAAGGAAAGGUACCAAUAAUGACAUUGUAAAGGAUGAUAUUGAUUUACCAAUUUUCCAUAUGGAUUUGGAUGGGAUCAGUGCUGAUGAAGAGUUCAUCAAACUUAACAUUGAUGCCAUGAAUGAUGCAUGUGACACAUAUCCUAAUGAUGAUUGUGACAGUACACCAUUGCUUCAAUAUUGUACCUAGACUUAUUCUGAUGAUGAUAGUGACAUUAAGCCAUUGCUUCGACAUUGUAAAUACAUUUAUCCUG